AUGGCCCAAAAGUAUAUUCUCAGACCAAUUCACAUCGAGUGCUCACUGAAGACAAUUCGUGUACUUGAAGUGGCUUUGGUGAAGGGAAAGGAUUUGCAGGCUAAAGAGCCGUUCGUUGAAAUCUAUUUGGAAAACCAUCACCGACGAAGCGGCCAUGCUACGAUUGAUAAGAACUCAGGAACGGUUAGUUGGGAAAACGCUCGAUGGGCUCUGGAAGUGACGGAUCUCGCAAGCGACCUCCAUAAUUACUCGCAUGCCUUCAGCUGGGGAGAGAUGAUAAACUACGUGCCAAUUUGA